AUGUCAGCACGCCCCCUGUGUGCUUUCUCAGCACGCCCCCCACGUGCUGCCAGCUUCAACCAACCAGUCCUCGCCACGUGUCCUCCACGUCCCUUGUGUGAUGUUACUCCUCCACCGCCGCAAGAGUCUUACUCAGCGCCGCCGUCCGUUGCGCUCAGACACCACUGUGUCUCCGUCCGGUCGUCCGCGGCUCCGCGCGUCUUCCUCUAUCCCAAAACACAACCUAAGCUUACAGUAAUCUCCCCCACCGCCGCAAGGAGUGAGACUCAGCGCUGCCGUCGCAUCUGCUCGAAGCCGCCGCCGUCCCCACUGGGCUCGUCUACGCCACUGCUCGAAGGCGUGGUCCCCACUGCAACUCGUUGCGUGGUUCCUCCGUCGCCCAGCCGCUGUUCCGCCGCGCCGGCACUGUUCCACCGCGCUCCACCCCUCCUCUUCUCCGGAUCCGCCGCGCUUCACCCUCCUCUUCUCCAUUCCGUGCGCUCCACCCUCCGCUGCUCCAAAAUCCCUCUCCCUCAUAUUCUGCCACUUCUCCGCAUUGUAAACAUAAAACUGCCUCCAGCUUCUGCGCGUCACGUUCUUGCUCCUUCUCCUUCAUACUCUGCUCGUUCGAAGACCACCGAAGGGUCGAAUUUUAUUGGAUCCAUUCAAGUGUUGCCACAGCACCACUACCGCUGUCACUACCUCUGUUUCUUGCUUAAUCUAAAUCUUCCCAUCUCAAAUCUCAAACCUCCAAUAAUUUCAUCAAAGUCUCAAUCUUUUCCCUUUUCCACAACAACCCCACUUCUCCAUUUCUUCUUUACGAGCUACGAUGUCAAUGUUUCUGCAUCAAAGAAGCUUGCACAAUGCCUUUUCGAACCCAUUUGCCGCUCCACCACCUUCCUCAGCCAAUUCCAAGAGACCCAUCUCCAUCCUCACCCCAAUGACACUCUUGGUCCUCCUUUGCCUCAUCAUGGUGUUUCCAAGCCUGCUGUUUCAAAGUGGAACUCAUACACAUUGGACCAAGCUCUCUCCUUUGUGGCAAAAAAUGGAACUGUCAUAGUUUGCAUUGUGAGUCAGCCUUACUUGCCGUUUCUCAACAACUGGUUGAUCAGUAUCACAAGGCAGAACCGCCAGGAUAUGGUUCUUGUCAUUGCUUAUGAGUUUGGUUGGAAGCUUGGUUUAAGUGGCAUAUUAUAUGCUUCUCAAACAACCACAUCCGGUUCAAAUUUUACUCGUGGAAAAAAGAACGAUAUAGUGUAG